GGUUCACCAUUUCAUCGUGCAACUCUUAUCUCUUUACAAUAAUCUCAAAUUUCUAGGGUUUAUAAUAUUUUCCAUGGCUGCAGCUGAUGUUGAGUUCAGAUGUUUCAUCGGUGGCCUAGCAUGGGCCACCGACGGUGAUUCCUUGGAGAAAGCCUUCUCUGUAUACGGCGAAGUCCUUGAAUCGAAGAUUAUCAAUGAUCGUGAGACUGGAAGGUCUAGGGGCUUUGGAUUUGUGACUUUUUCUACGGAGCAGGCCAUGAGAGACGCGAUCCAAGGAAUGAACGGUCAGAAUCUUGACGGUCGUAACAUCACAGUGAAUGAAGCUCAGUCUCGUGGUUCUGGCGGAGGAGGCGGUGGCCGUGGAGGUGGCGGAUAUGGCGGUGGUGGUGGUGGAUACAAUCGUGGUGGAGGAGGUGGAUACGGUGGCGGUGGCGGCUACGGUGGCGGUGGCGGCGGUGGAUAUGGUGGCCGACGUGAAGGAGGGUACAGCCGUAAUAGCGGUGGUUAUGGUGGAGGAGGUGGUUAUGGCGGUGGUAGAGAUCGUAGUUAUGGUGAUAGUGGAUCCCGCUCUCGUGGCGGUGAUGGAGGGGACGGUAGCUGGAACUAGGUCUUGAAGUUGUAGAAUAGGGUUUAUGAUUAAGUCGAUUGAAAUUAGGUGUUCUGUUUUGCGUGUUGAUGUUUGUAGUCGUGUUGUUCGUGGUUUUGACCUUUAUAUCUGGUUGUUUACAGUUCUUCUGAAUGAAAUUAAAGUGUUGACUCCCA